AAUCUUAGUAGGUCACAGAAAGUACUAACAAAAUCUAUCUUCUGUUUUCAGAAAUUGGUUGCCCAAAUGAAACAGGAUCCACAGAAUGCUGAUUUGAAGAAGCAGCUUCAUGAACUCCAAGCCAAAAUCACAGCUUUGAGUGAAAAACAGAAAAGAGUGGUUGAACAACUCCGAAAGAAUUUAAUGGUAAAGCAGGAACAGCCUGAUAGUAAGUUUCAAAUACAGCCAUUGGCACAGACAGAAAAUAAAAUACAAACAUCACAGCCGCUACAGCAGCAGCCGCAGCAGCCACAGCAGCAGACCACUGCACCCUCUCCAAACCUGCUUGGGUCACAGAAAACUGUAACUACAGCUUCUAUGAUCACCACUAAGACACUACCUCUCGUUCUGAAAGCAACAGCAACCAUGCCUGCCUCUGUUGUGGGUCAAAGACCUACAAUUGCCAUGGUGACUGCCAUCAACAGCAGCCAGAAAACUGUCCUUAGCACUGAUGCACAGAACACGCCUGUCAACCUCCAGACAACAAAUAAAGUCACUGGUCCAGGAACAGAGGCAGUACAAAUAGUGGCAAAAAAUACAGUCACGUUGGUUCAAGCUACAGCUCCUCAGCCUAUCAAAGUGCCACAGUUCAUCCCUCCUCCCAGACUUACUCCUCGUCCAAAUUUCCUUCCACAGGUUCGACCUAAACCGGUUGCCCAGAAUAACAUACCUAUAGCCCCAGCCCCACCUCCUCCUAUGCUCGCUGCUCCUCAACUUAUUCAGAGGCCUGUGAUGUUGACCACAAAGUUCACACCCACCUCCUUACCCUCUACACAGAAUUCCAUACACCCAGUCCGUGUUGUGAACGGGCAAACAGCAACCAUAGCCAAAACUUUUCCAAUGGCACAACUCACCAGCAUUGUUAUAGCAGCCCCAGGUACCAGGCUUGCUGGACCUCAGACUCUACAGAUCAGCAAACCAAAUGUUGAGAAGCAGACAGUCAAGCCCCAAGUAGAAACAGAGGAGAAGCCAACAGAGGUUCAUACUGUUACCCCUCCUGCACCUCCCAAGCCAAAACGAGAAGAAAACCCACAGAAACUUGCCUUUAUGGUUUCUCUUGGACUUGUUACACAUGACCAUCUGGAAGAAAUACAAAGUAAGAGACAAGAAAGAAAACGAAGAACCACAGCAAAUCCAGUUUACAGUGGAGCUGUUUUUGAGCCUGAGCGCAAGAAGAGUGCGGUCACAUACCUGAACAGCACAAUGCAUCCUGGGACACGUAAACGAGGUCGUCCACCUAAAUACAACACUGUGCUGGGAUUUGGGGCUUUGACCCCCACAUCCCCUCUGUCCAGUCAUCCUGACUCCCCUGAAAAUGAAAAGACAGAGACCACAUUUACUUUCCCUGCAACUGUUCAGCCUGUGUCCUUGCCUAGCCCCAGCUCCACAGACGGUGAUAUCCAUGAAGAUUUUUGCAGUGUUUGCAGGAAAAGUGGACAGCUACUUAUGUGUGACACAUGCUCACGUGUAUAUCACUUGGACUGUCUAGACCCACCUCUGAAAACUAUUCCCAAGGGCAUGUGGAUUUGUCCCAAAUGUCAAGACCAGAUGUUGAAGAAAGAAGAAGCAAUUCCAUGGCCAGGGACUUUAGCAAUUGUUCAUUCAUAUAUUGCAUACAAAACAGCAAAAGAAGAGGAAAAACAGAAAUUACUGAAAUGGAGUUCAGAUUUAAAGCAGGAAAGGGAACAAUUAGAACAGAAAGUCAAACAACUCAGCAAUUCUAUAACAAAAUGUAUGGAAAUGAAGAACACAAUCCUGGCAAAACAGAAGGAAAUGCACAGUUCAUUGGAGAAGGUAAAACAGUUAAUUCGCCUCAUCCAAGGCAUCAAUCUUUCCAAAUCCAUAAACUCUGAGGGCGGUUCAGCAGCCAUCUCCAAUGGCAUGGACUCCACCAGUAAUGUGACAGCUGCCACCUCCACCCCAGCAUCUUCCCCCUCCCAGAGCUGCAUGGUGAACUGUAAGAAGGGCAAUGAGACUAAAUAACAGAGCACAAUAAGAAGGAGCCAGAGGAUAUGGCAGCAAAGAAGAAGAACAUAACAGACCCUCUAGAAAAGGAAAGCUGGAUUUCUUCUGGAAAGUACAAGAAACUCUUUGGUUCCAGAAAGAGUAUGAAGAUACUCGUGCCAGGUGGCACCAGAUUUGCCAAUUGAUCCUUCUUAUUCUGUGUGUACGUGCAAAGUUUGGACCAUGUUACAUGAAUAGUGCCAGCUGGAGGUUCUUAGCCAGCACCAUGCCAAGUUAAAUAAGAUAUUUACUCUCUCUAUAUUUUACACCAGAGUGUGCCUGCAGCAGCCUCCACAGCCACUAUAGGUUUGUUUUUAUUUUUAUUUGGGGGUAGGGAGCAGGGAGGAGCAGGUUUCAGACCUUAUCUACAGACCAGUUUUUGUUUAGCUAGGGAAACUUCAAAUCCAAAGAGCCUGUGGGCUUUUCCUGUUUCUAAAUUGUCCAUACUACUAAACCAAAAAUGCAGAAAUAAGAAUUAACAAAAUCUAGUAUCCUAAAAAGGGGGUGGGGAGGGGAUAAAAACUUAUCCAGUAAGCAGUAUUUACAGCUGUUUUUACAGAAGACACAACAAAGAAAGAGGAAAGAUUUUUCAGUAAGUAUCCAAAAGGCUGAAGAUUACUAGACUGGCAGCUUUGGGUUGUCCUCUCUCUCACUCUCUUUUUUAAUGCAUUCAGAAAAUAUAUUCAGAUGCAGAUGGAAUGCAUUGUUGAUUUAGUUGCUACAUUAAGAAGGAAGCUUUUACUGAGGUAGGGAAGGAGACUAAUAUGAUCAGCUUGCAUUUUUGGAAAGCAGGUCAUGAGUGAAAAGAAAAUUCUCUUUUUCUCUUUUUGGUACAUUUGUCCAGCAAAAACAGUAUCCCAAACAGCACAACACAUGUCCCUAAUGUAUUGCCCAAAUAGUUAAAAUGCCUGUUUCCUUUGUUUCCUUUCUCUUUUGGUUACAAAUAUAAGGAAUAGAAAAACUCUUUUUUUCAGGCUGACAGUCCAAUUAAAAAGGUAGAUGGGACCUUGCAUGGUAUAGAUUAGAAGUAAUAGUGUCAGUGAGAUACAGUGAGUCUUUGUGAGUCCGUGUGUCAUCGUUUUGGGCACUGUUUUUUAUGCAAGGGCAAAUCUUUGUAUCUGGGGGAAAACAACUUUUUUAAAUUAAAAAAAAGAAAAAGAUAUUGAGGUCUUCCUAGUGUUACUUAAAAUAAGAUCAAGGUAAGAAACAUUGUAAAAAAUUACAAAAGUGCUAUUUGUUUCCUAAACAAGUGAUUUCUAUUAAAAAGGUGUCAGAACUGGAGUAAAUGCUGUGUACUUAGAUUUUUUUUAACACAGAUUUUAUUUCUGGUAUUGCCAUAAUGCUGUGGUUUCAGUUUAAAAAAUGCCUUGGGGUGGAUGUGUUGAUAUUGUCAUGCCGUUGAAAUAGCCUUCAAGAUUAAAACUGAAUCUGAUCUGAAACCAUUUUUUAAACUAAGGGGAUUUCUUCUCUGUAAAAGUACAGAGAAAAACAUUGACAGCAUUAGUAAUUUUUAUUCUAUUGCAAUAUGGCACCUAAGCUAAUAAAGAGAUUUAUGCUGAGGGAUAACACUUCUUAUCUUACUUUUUAAGGCAGUUGUCAAACUAAUCCUGUAAUGAUCAAAAGGCUGAUGUUGGACAUCAAAUCUGUAAGCCUGAAAUAGCCAGUUUUGUAUAUAUCAGUGCAAUCACCCAACACAUUUUUUGUGGCAGAACUCAUGUCACUAAAGCAUGACAGAGUUAGCCCAAACAUUAUCUGGGUACAUGUUAGCAGAACUCUUAUUUCUGCUCAUCAGUGAUGGUACAGGUGUGCUUAUUCUACAUUGAAGAACUAUGCAUCAUUAUGCACUUUAUUUGUACACUCAUUUGAAGUUUGCUUGUUAUUAUAUUAGUUCUUUUGCUUUCUGGUAGCUUCCAUUCUUGGCCCUGAAGCUUCAGUCAUUUUCAGUUAGGCUUCUUGCUUUUAGAGCCCAGCAAUUGAUUAUUCAUUCUCAUAGUUAAUUAGUGAAAAAUAAGAAAGAUUCCUGUCAAACAGAACUUGCUUUACAUUUGAAAAUGUCAGGCUUUACUGUCAACUCUUGAUAUUUUGUAGUGAAGCUAGCACAUUUCCAAAGAUUAGAUGUCACUAAUGGGUAUAAAUGAAAGACAGCCGAUCAGUCAUGUUGACAGCCGCUCUGAGUAUAUAAUAUUGUCACAAGAAUGCAUAGAGCAAAAUAUUACUGGGAUCACAAGCCUGUUCAUUUUGGGUCUUACGAAGCCAACCAUUUAAUAAGCCACAUGAUUUUGCUGCCUGCCUGGGAUAUCCUAGCAAGCCAGAUUACAUGCCUGAUGAGUUGCAUUUGGCCUGACAGGUUGCAAGAUGUUUAGCCCUGUGUUACGGCACCUUUUAGGGGGUGAGGAGUAAGUGAAGCUGCCCAGUUUUCUCUACUGACUGAAUAUCUGCUGUUUGCUACUGAUAGUGGCAAACAAGUAACAUCUCAAAUAUUAGCUAUUCCCAUAUGCACAGGGCCCUUUCUUUCCUUCACUUUAUACUGUGGACAGCGUUAUAUUUCUUUUCCAGUGGUUCCUGGAGCAUGAUUUCACUUUGAAUUGACUGGAAUAUAGUGGCCAUGAUAGUCUCUGAUCCUUCACUGGAAAGUGGAAUAAAUGCAGAACUACUGUUCCUGCUAAAUGUGGUGCAAAGACUAAAACAGUGACCCCAUGGGAAGUUAUUUUCUUCCGUUAUAUGCCGUAAAUAGUGAAUAACAAAUUUUUAGUCAGUGCCUCAGAAAGGAUGGGUAACUUCUUGUUUUUAUGCUCCCAUAAGGAAGCAUAAAAAGAAAAGUGUUGAGGUCCAGUUUCUUACUGUACGAAGGAUAUGAUUUCUUAAGGCAAGUCUCCCAUUUAUUGGAAACCUGUUUUGGAUUUAUUCUGAUAAAACGAAUAAAUCUUUUGUCUUGACCUCUUCUGACUAGUAGGUGUAUAGUAGUCAUCCAGCACUUUUUGAUGUUACAAUAAGGCUGUUCUCUGGAUACCCUGAGUUUAUUACUCUGCAAUUUUAUACAUACAUACUCCCCUUUGCAUCUCCUGCCCUGGCAUUGUAAUCAGUUAAGUUGAAGGGAAAGAAAGGAAAACAAUCAGCAGCAGGCUGUUCCCAUUUCUCAGUGUCCCUGAAACAGAAUAUUGUUCCUAGAUUUGAAUUUUGAAAAUACAGCACAAAAUAUAAAAUAACGUUUGGACUUUAUAGAAGGACCCUUGCAUAUUUACAGAAUGGAUAAAUACAUGCUUUAUUGAACAAAAAUUGCAAAAUGAUUUGUAAUGGAUGUCAGAUUUUCUUGAAUGCAAAGGGUUGCUCUCAAAAUAAAAGGGAAUCACAGAAAAGAAAACAUUUCUUGUUAGAUAAGAUUGCCAUUGUAAAAGAUUUUAUUAGGUAGAAUUACCAAGAUCAGUGCUUCUGAUAACACUUCAUGUCAGGAAUGUGUCAGAGAAACAUUCAGAAACAUCAUUAGAAUUAGGAGACAACCAUGCUUAUGGUUGCUAGUGGCUUGCAAUUAGUCUUGUUUUUGUUCUCCUCCUAAACUUUCUACAACCUCUGCCCAGUGCCACAUUGGCUGUUUGUAUCUUGUCACAUGUAUCAGUAUGUCACAAUAUGUUCUCUUAUAAAUGUGUGGUGCUGCAUAUCAUGGAAUUCGCUGUGAAUGUGUGAGGAAGUAGAUCGGAGUUUAAAUCUUUUAAUCUAUAUUGUAAAAAAUUGAAAGAAUGGAUUAGAUGGACAGGUCCUUGUGGGACGUGAUGCAGUUACUCUAUUGGGAAAUUGUAUCAAACAACUGUGAUUGCAAAUUACAAAUGAGUAGAUUUUAGUUGCACAAAUACCACAGAUGUGUGAUGCAGCUACAGAUCAGCAACAUACUUCGCCUUGGCUUAGCAUUGUGAUUCCUCCUUAUUUCAAGGUUUUGUUCCUAUUUAAUCCAUCGAAUUCCUUUACAAUGUGAAUACAUAGCAAAGCCUUCUUACAAUCAUUGUACUAUCCUUUUGUUUUUUUAAAGUUCCUACUUAAGUUAUGUAGUCUUGAUCAAUUCAGGAUUACAAUGCAUAGUUAAUGUAUGAGCCCUGCUACAAAUCCUAGAAUUGCAAAUUAUUUUUUUCAUUGUAGUUAUUUCCCCCCAAAGCUCAACUCUGACAAUAAGUGAAAGAAGGAAGAUCCCACUGGUGGAUUUGGUUCAGAAAAAACACAAAUGCCUCAUAAAAAGGGGAUUGACUUUUCCUCCCUAAGAUUGAUUUAUGUAGUUUUGUACAAAACUUGAAGUUAGGCUAAAUUUCUGGGCUCUACCAAUGUGAUGUAGGUUGAACACAAAAGCAGAAUGGCCUAAACUUAGCUGAAACAUCUCAGUUCCUUUCCAGCUUGUCUUCCCAUUAACAGAUUAUCGUGAGAGACUGUCUUAAGGUUCUGUAAUGCUCUUCAAAUGUUGAAGAAUUUAUUGCAUAUCUAAGAAUGGACAGUAACUGGCUGUUGUCUUAUCUGCAUGCCUUGCCAGUUUUAGGAUAGCUCUACAUAGCUCUUCCAUUUUUAAAAAUCGUUAUUACUGAAAUAAGCAGCUAUUUAUUUAGCAUUAAAUAUCUCCCCGUCUCCAACACUUAUUCUACCUCAGUUUAUCUUAGGUGUCCUUUGCAAAGUACAAGAUCUUUGAAAUGAAAGGUUGGGAUUACACAUCACACUAAGCCAUAAUGUGGCUUUGGCUUAAGGUAUAUGAAGCCAGACAUUACAACUUACUUAGCAAGACUUGGUUAGCAUGAAGUAUGAACCCUGCCAAAGAGUCAAUUUCUGUUCCACUAGAACUGUAAACAACUGUCUUCAGAUAUUUGCAAAAUUUUCUCUAAAUACUUGGGGGGAAAGCAGUGAUAAGCAUGUUAGCUUUGUCUUUCCUCUGUAAUCCUUUUCAUCAUUCUUUAUGUGUAGAGGACUGCUGAGAAGAAACUCCUCUACCCACAAAAGCUCUCCAUCCAAUUUAAAACCCUGAUUUAGAAUCACAAAGAAAUCUCUCCUUUGCAAAUUUCCCUCUACAUAUGGAAGGUGAUAAAAGCAAUGAUUGGGGUGUGUGGGGGGAAGAAGGAUCCUCAUACCCCCUCUCCCCAUUCUUUAGGUGUAGAAAGAGUGCUCUUUGGAAAUACCCAAUGAGUUCUUACCUUUAUUUCCCUUCUUUCCUGAUCUGUUGGUGAUUCCUGCACUUUGCAGCUACAUACUUACAUGUCAGUCUUGAUGUCAGGAACAUGAUAGCUGGAUCACUGUGAAGGGCCUUGUUCUGAGAAUCUUCUACUUUAGUAAGGAGUACUCCUAACUUAUCAGUUAACUGUUGUACUCUUGUUAUGGAAUAAAGGUAGAUCUUGGGGAAACCUGUGGUGGUUGUGUCCCUUAAUGCACCAAUGAAAAAUCCUAUUAGUGCCAAUUUUUGUUACGAAUAUAAGGCCAACAGGAAUUAAACCAGGACUGAAAUUUGGGUAUCUUAAGUAGGAAACUCUCAGUAAAAAACAAAACAAAACAAAAAGAAUUAACAAAUACUAGUCUAUUUAGGCUUCCCUGUCAAGUACAUGUGGUGCAUUUAAUGUUACACUAAUUUGUAGCUUAUUUUGUAAUUUAUUUAGUUUUGCAGUCGCAGAGAUAUUCCUGCUGACUUCCUUAUCAACCACCUAUGCAUCUUUAAGACCUGAUUCUAUUGUUUGUAACAAAAACUUUCUGAUAAUUGGAAAGGACUCCUUGCAGUAACCAGUGUGUAAUAAAAGGUGGCUGACCUCGCAGGAAACUCCAUUUUUGCUUAUCCAGCAGCAAGUCUCCAGCCCUGUAUAUGCAUCUUUGGAACCUCAUGCAACCAGCAGUUGGUCACUCCAUAUAAUAUUGUCCCUUCCUUUUCCAAUGUAUGUUCCAGCUAAACUCAGCUACACUUGUACUGCCUCUGCAGCCCAAGUCCUCAUGUCAUUUGUAAGACUUUCUUUAAAUGAAUUGGGUGCAACCUCAGUUUCACAGAUGAUCACCCUGUGAAUGGUAUAUAGUUAUAUGACUUGGUUUGGCUAAGGGUUUUGCUUGGUUUUGUUUUUGUUUUUGGUUAAGAUAAAAAAGAAAUCGCCUGGUGCUCAUAGUGAUUUUUCAGUCUCUUUGCUGCCUUCUUUCUGUAGCCUUCCAGUCCCUUGUGGGUUUGGUAACGUUGUGUCUAGAUUUUAGUCUAUUAAACCAGGAA